AUGGUGCUUUUUCUCGGCCUCCCAAGUUUUUAUUCCAGAACCUCUCCUCAGCGCAAGAGCACCGCAUCGAGCACCGCAUCUAGCACCGCAUCCUCCACAAAUGAACGCCCUGUCUCGGCAAGUAACCUUUCCUCCGUCUCGAAAUCCCCUUCUUCAUCAGCGACACACGACAAAGCACCAACGCCAAAAGCAGCACCAACACCACCUCCUGCCGCUGCUGCCGGCUCAUCGACAAUCACCGAAGCCCUUCGCGGAAACCCAUUUGGCAUAGUUUCACGAGCAAAAGCGCCUAGCAAUGUCGCAGCCGGCGAAACGAUCGAAGAGGAGAAAGAGCGUGAUCGCCGCGAACUGAACGAUGCGCUGGCUAUGUUGGCACAACUGUUUCCCGAUGUGAAGAUUGAGGUCUUUCGCGAAUUGCUGGUUAGAUUUGAUGGGAAGAGCAGGUUACAUGUUUGUGUAGAGCAGCUGUUGAGAUAUAGGGCUGAAUGGGUCAAAGGGAGAUGGAAUGUCCCUGAGCUGGAUGCUAAGGCUAGUGAUAGAGCUCCUGGUCGAGGUACCAUAGCAGUAGACGGGAAUGGGGAUGCGCACGGAAGAAGGAGGAGAUGGAUACCCCAUGAAGAGCUGUUUCAGAGCGAGGAGUACAAGGCUGCGGUCAAAUCGGCCCUGUCUCUGGAAUUCCGUGUUUUAAGCAGAAGUGCCAUCGAUGCGGUGCUGGCGGAGGUUAAUUUCUCGUACACCCGUGCCCGCCCAACGCUGCAGGAGCUCUCCCGCAAGAGCUGGCGAGUGACGUUUGGGAAUAUAUUUCCUUUCAAGAGGAAGAAGGAGAGGGAUGAUCACCCGCUCUUGUCAUGGGAGAGAUUGCCUGAUGGGGAACUUGUGCCCCGACUAAAAGAAACUGGUUGCUCGGAACUUAAUCGGGAGCUGCAUGAUACAUAUCUGGCCCCGUUGCUGACCCGGAGAAAGGAGGAGCAGGAAGCUACUGGGCUGAAGCUCGCAGAAGAGCUUAAUAAAUUCGAGGCAGAGGCUGCAGAAGCCCUUUACGAAUGCGAUUGCUGUUUGUCAGACGUUACUUUUGAGCAGAUAUCUACUUGCUCAGUCAACUCGCACAUUAUCUGUUUCAAUUGCAUCCAGCGCACCAUCCAUGAGUCCCUCUUUGGACAAGGCUGGAGCAGGUCCAUUGACCAUGAAAAGUCAACGCUACGAUGCCUAGCACCUAUGGCAGAGGGCAUUUGCGAGGGUACUCUGGACCCGGCGAUUGUGAAACGAGCGAUUCUCGCUGAAAAGACCGGAGCGGAAACAUACCAAAAGUUCGAAGAUCGCCUGGUUUCGGAAUGCCUUCUGAAAUCUCAGCUAAAACUGAUCCGCUGCCCAUCGUGUGGACCCGCCCCCAACGGUUUACUUGCUCAAACCCUGCCUGCAGUUCUGAUAGCUGUAUUACGUGCCACAAGCCAUGGCAAGAUCCCCACCGCUGCCAUGAGCCUCUGCUCCAGUCUCUCCGAACAACCGUCGAAGCGGCCCGAACAGCCGCUAUCAAACGAACUUGUCCAAGCUCUAGGUCCACCACUUAGAGUAGCUGGCGCCAACAAUAUCCUAGUCGUUCGCCCACCACGACAGCCAGCGCAACCUCAGAAUAGGCGACCCUGUCAUGACAUACUUCAAAUCAAUGGAGAAAAUGCUCCCUUUGACGACUAUGACCUAGACGGGAACUUAAUAAUGAACAUGCCAGCCGACGAAAAUGGCGACGAUGACGACGAAUAUAAUAACCACAACAAUAACAACAACACUAAUCCGGCGGAAGACGAAGAGCCAGAGGGCUACAAACAUUUCUGCGAGCAUUUCCGUGCCAACCCCGGCUCCCGCUGCACCGAAUGCACCAAAUGUGACCUUUACCUCACCGAGGAUGAGGAAGCUGUCGCACGGCGCGCGGGCGAAAGGGCAGAGCGCCAGUGGCGCAUUAGGCAGGGUCUACUUAAUUCCUCAUCAUUGUCGUCCCAAGGGGUCACUCUACCCAGCGAUGCCCUUGCAAAGCUUUACGAUAUGUCUAGCGGUAGUCGUAGUAGGGGUGGUGUGCCGCAGUACCCCGGGUAUAGAGGCUCUGUCGCCGGGCCGCUGGACUGGAAUUGGCAGCUCGACGCAAGCGAUUGGAGGAGGCAAUGGAAAUUUUGGGCGCGGGAUAUAUGGCGGAAUGGGAGGUGGAAGGGCGAGGGACAGUAUAUGAUUGAUAUGUUAUUGGAAAAGAUAGUUGUUGUUGAUUUUUAG